AUGGGCAUUAGGACAUUUGUUUCCUUUAAGCCUGGUAUCGCAUGGCCAGAAACUCGAACUACAACACUUGGAGCACCACUCACCAUAAUAGCCCUGAUAGGACUAAGAACACUACGCUCUUUCAACAAAAAAAGAAAACAAGAAAAGAAAGCUAACAAACAACAGACCGGCACUGAACGACUAAUCUGGGCUCAAGGCUCGACAGCAACCCUCAAAGCCGUCAGCACCACCAUACGCGGCGUACGCAUCAAUCUAGCCGCUGCUAUCUGCUGGGAGAACUAUAUGCCCCUUUUACGCCAGGCACUCUACGCGCAGAAUAUCAACCUCUACCUCACGCCCACAGCAGACAAUCGUGACGCUUGGCUGGGACUCAUGCGUACGGUGGCGCUUGAGGGACGCUGUUUCGUAGUCAGUUCGAACAUGUGUAUCCCUGGCGACGACCAGAUUCAGGUUGGGCAUGACAACGGCCACCCCAUCGUCGAAGGCUAUGGGGAAAGUUAUGCGGUUUCUGGAGAAGGGAGGGAAAGGGUUAGACGGAACUCGUGUAUGACGGAAGAGGGCUUCGAAAUCGCCCUCCCCGGGACAGGGGCAGGGGCAGUAAAGCCCAAGAAGGUGAGGAGAAAGUCCAUUUUCGAUGAGGACGGGAACGAGAUUAUUAUUUCGUGUACUUGCACUGGUAGUCACUACUCCGCCGCCGCUAUCGACGAGGAGAGCGAGGUGGACAAUGCGGCAGCAGCUGCCAAGACGAGCCAUGGCAGAGCUGUUACGGCUAAGGUGAAUGGGGCAUCGUCUAAUAAACAGAGCGCCAAUUUCGUGUCCCGUGGCGGCUCCUGCAUCGUCUCGCCUUUUGGCGACGUCGUGGCCGGGCCACAGUGGGAAGAUGCGCAAGGGUUAAUUUACGCUGAUGUGGAUUUUGAUAAUUGUAUUCGGGGCAGGUUGGACCUUGAUGCUGCGGGGAGUUAUUCGAGGAACGAUUCUUUUAAAUUCUCGGUUGAGGGGCUCGAUCUCGAUCCGUUGCCGUAUUAUUGA